AUGUUGAAUCAUAAUCCCGAAAGAUUUGAUCCAAGCACUACGUCAUGUACUAUGCCGUUUAUAAAGGACGGUGAAAUCGUAAGAGUUCCGGAUUCAACGGUUUAUACAGCUGUUCAAAACAGUUUACAAAACAUUUUAGCGAAUAUCUUUAAUUCAGAAACUACAGAAAUAAAAUUACCGUAUAUAACAGAUGCUAAAGAAAUUAAAUCAAAAACGACAACAUUAUUUACGUCACUUAAUGAUUUAAUGACUUAUAUCAUUAAUAUUCCUGCACCAACUACAGCAUUUGAUCCAAACUCGACGGUUUGCAGUGUACCUUUCAUAAAUGACAGUUCAUUAAUUACUUUAAGGGAUUCGACAGUAAAUGAAUCAUUAAAGGCUUCAUUAAUGAAAAUCAUUGAUUUUAACUCAUUCACGAAUACAUAUAAUUCAUUCAUUAAUGUUUCAUAUGCUUCUAAAGAAGGUGAGCCAAAAACUAUCGAUAAAGCGGUGUAUGAAAUAA